AUGGAGCUGCAGCCGCAGCAGCCUCAGCCGCCACCACAACCCACCCAGCCGCCACAGCCCUCCACCCAGCCGCCUCAACCUCGCCACCACAACCAGUACAAUCGAUACACGCCACCAGCCCACAUGCGCGACUGCGUUGUGGGCGACGAGUUCGGUUGUGACGCGGACGACUAUGACCAACAGCCCCACGACCACGACCACCAUCUUCAUCCUCACCACCGCGACGACUUUGGGCACCACCAUUAUCCUCCUCAGCCCCACUACUACCCUGGCAACAACAACAACGGUCGCGGCGACUUGUACAACUUGCCCGGGGCGGCCAUGUUGGGCAACCUUGGCAUGGCCGCGCCCAUGACUACGCCGUCAGUGCCUCCACCCAUCCAGCUGCUGCCCUCGCCGCCCCUCUUCUUUCGUCGCUCAUCCUCGUCGCCCUCCCUCUCGUCGCCCCCUUCUUCUACUUCUUUCGCCACCAACCCCUCCUCUGCGCCUUUCCCGCCAUCUUCUUCAUCUUCGUUUUCGAGCCUGCCUCCACCUUCCUUCGAUCUGCACGCCACCUAUCCCUCCCACUACUACCAGCACCACCAUCCUUCUCAACAUCCUCAUCCCCAUUCUCAACAUCCUCAGCCUCAUCCUCAUCAUAAUCAUCAUCUUCCGACCCAGCACUACGCGCCGCCCACGCCGCUCGACCAGCCCUAUGCCUCUCCCUUCCUCGGCAACCCCAUGCCGUCACCGUCGCCCUCGCCCGCCAACGCCUACGCGUGGCUGCCCUCGUCCUCCUCGCUGCCCUCCUUCCCGAUCCCCUCGUCCCCGCUCGCCGUCGGCCAGGCAGCUGCUCACCCCGGCACCCGACGAGCCUCCGCCCCGCUGCCCUCCUCGUCGUCGUCGGCGGCGUCGGCGUCGUCUCCCUUCGGCGCGGCCGCCGGGGCCGUCGCCAGCCCGCUGCAGCCCCCGCCAUCGCCGUCUCACUCGCCGUCGCCGUCGCCUGCGCAGUCGCCCGCCACAGCGACCCAGCCCUACUACCAGCACUACUACCAGGGCGGCGGCGGCAAUAGCGGCGACCACCACCAGCGCGCGCCGUCGCCCACGGCUGGCGGCGGUCAUGGGCAGCAGCACCGCCAGCCGAUCCCCACGGCCUACGGCGCCGCCAGCAUGGGCGGAAUGAUGGGCGGCGGCGGCCUGCGUGGCGGGUGUCCUCCACCACCGGCGACAUAUGGCUAUCCGCCGACGCCGCCCGUCGUGGGCCUGACCUCGCCUCUACAGUCGCCCGUCGCCGCGCCCGUCGCUACGCCGCCGCCAGCGUCGGCCACGUCGGGGUCGGGGUCGAUGUCAUCGCCUCAGUCGCACUCGUCACCCAAGCUCGCGCCGAAGCAGCCCAGCACGGCGACAGCGACGGCUGCGACAACGACAACGGCGGAACAGGCGAACUCGCCGGCGUCGGUGGCGCGCUCGUCCCGAUCGUUCCUCUCCGCCGCCCUCGCGCGACGCGUGAAGCGGGAGAAGAAGUGUGACACCCCGCCGCAGUCGCCAUCGUCCGUGUUGGCGGCAUCGGCUUCGGUGUCGACCUCAACUUCGACAUCGUCGCCAUCGUCAUCGUCGUCGUCAUCAACCUCUUCGUCGUCUUCUUCGUCGGCGUCAGCAGCCGCAGACGAUCGAGCGCAACACCAGGGAUCGAUGGCGGCCAUGCCCAGCGCAGGCGCCGCGCGGAUCAAGCAGGAGCACCAGCACCAGCAGCAGGAGGACCACCACGACGGUAACGGCUGCAUGGAGGGCGGCGGCGGCGAGGAGGACGGCGACCCGGACCCCAGCGACCCGCAUGGCACGAAGCGCAAGUACACGUUUAAGUACCACAUGUCCCUCUCGCCCGACAUGCAGAGCUACGUCACCGGCGCCGAGCCCCAGAAGAAGAGGACGCGCUCGCGAGCGGCUGGCCGAACGUGCCAGAGCUGCGGGACGGCGACCACUCCCGAAUGGCGCAUGGGUCCCAACGGCAAAGGCACCCUCUGCAAUGCAUGCGGACUGCGGUAUCGGAAGAACAAGCCCGCGGUGCUGUCGAACAUCGCGCAACGCAACGCGACGUUGGCCUCCGGAGGCUCCUCGUCGUCGCCGUCGACGACAUCGGCCUCUCCGCCCGCGCCGACGUCGACCUCGUCCUCGUCGUCCUCCUCUUCUCCAUCUUCCGCUUCGUCGGGCUUCGCCGGCAACGCGCCAAUCAAGCCGGCCAUGUCGUACGGGUCUUCGUCCUCCUUCGCGCCCUUCGUGCCUCCGGGCUGCCCGCCCAUCCUGCCCGCACCGUCACCAUCGUCGUCGUCGUCGUCAAGCGGUGGCGGCCCGAUGGGCGCCUCGGCUUACGCCACGCCGCCGCACCACCACCACCACCAACAGCAGCAGCCGACGCCGCGCAAGAGCCUCACGAUUGCGCCCAUCUAUCCGUCGGCCUACCGCCCACACGGCCCGGCGAUGCCCAACCACGGCCACGGCCACCAGCCGGGCGCAACGUACCUGGCCUCGCCCCUCGGCCCGGGCGGCAUGCCUCCGCAGCCGCUUCAGCCGCCUCUGCCCCAGCCGCUCCCGCCGCCACACCACCAGCAGCACCCGCACCCACACCACCAGCAGCAACACCACCAGCAGCAGCAGCAACACGUCAUCAAGGAGGACCACAAGGCCAGGCCGUGA